AUGCAGCUCCAACACAUCCUCCUUCUCGUCUCUCUGACCUCCCUCUCCUCCGCUGCCGAAACCGUCCUCGGAGUUGCCAUCUUCCAUCGCCAUGGCGAUAGAACUCCAAAGGCUACUCCACCUGCAAACUUGACCGAUCUCGGCUACAGCGAAGUGUACGACUCAGGAACAUACUACAGGCAGCGCUAUGUCUCAUCCACCGCUUCUCACAAGAUCCAGGGCAUCAACGCCGACAUCGUGAAGCUCUCACAGCUUGCAGUGUCUGCCCCCGUCGACAAUGUCCUCCAGAACUCCGCCCAGGGCUUUCUACAGGGUCUGUAUCCGGGAGUGGGACCAAAACUUGGGCAAGAGACGCUGGCGAACAAGACUAUAAUUGGUGCACCUUUGAAUGGAUAUCAAUUGAUUCCAGUCCAAGUGGCCGCAAGCGGGGCUGGCAGUGAGAAUUCUGCAUGGCUCCAAGGAUCCAGCAAUUGCGCAAACGCAAUCGUGAGCUCAGACAACUACUUCAGCUCUGCCGAAUACAAGAGCCUGUUGAACAGCACAACAGAUUUCUACAAGAACCUCACACCAACAGUCAACGGGAUACUCGGCGCGAAUGACAUGACCUUUAAGAAUGCAUACUCCAUCUUCGACAUCCUCAACGUCGCCAGCAUCCACAACGCCACCAUCCCCUCCUCCUCCCUCCUCACCCCUUCCACCCUAACCCAAAUCCGCACUCUAGCCGACACUCACGAAUACGCCCUCGCAGCCAACACCUCGGACCCCAUCCGCGCCAUCUCCGGCGCCGUCCUCGCCGCCGAAAUCCUCCAAGCCCUCAACGCCACCCUCGCAACCCCCCAAAAAGCGCCCAAACUCACCAUCCAAUUCGGCGCCUACGCCUCCUUCCUCUCCUUCUUCUCCCUCGCCGCCUUGCCUGCCGUUGAACCCGAUUUCUACGGCAUACCCGACUACGCGUCCGCUAUGAUAUUCGAGCUCUUCACCACCGCUACGCCACCAACCGGCAGUGCGGCGAUAGAUACAAAAGACGUGCAAGUCAGGUUUUUGUUCCAUAAUGGGACUACAUCUAACGACUAUGAUCCUGUCGCCUACCCGCUAUUUGGCAAUAAGGGCGCGGCGCCAGAAAUAGCGUGGACGGAUUUCGCAGCAGGCAUGAGUAAGUUCGCGGUUGGGGAUCAGAAGGAUUGGUGUCAAGCUUGUGGGAAUAGCACGAGUGUUUGCGCUAGCACUGCACCUCCUCCCGCUGCGCAAGACAAGAGUGGGGGUGGGAGUGGAGGGGUCAGCAAGCCCGUCGCUGGCGUUAUCGGCGCUAUGGUCACACUGGCUGUUAUCCUGGGGCUGGAAGCGUUGGUGUUGUUGAUGGCGGGGCUGAGGGUUGUGAAAAAGAGGAAGGGUGAGCCGGUGAAUGCAAAUGGGGGAAGUAGUGGGAGUGAAGAUGGUGUGAAAGCGUAG